AUGCCGCAAAAGUUUGAAUCGGUGGCUACGAAAGUUCGAGAAUUUCUUCAUGAUAAUGCUGAAAGACCGAUAGCCUUCAUCACGAGUGGCGGAACAAAAGUGAAUUUGGAAAAGAACUGUGUACGUUUUAUAGACAAUUUUUCCAUGGGCACACGAGGAGCAGCUAGUGCUGAAUAUUUCUUGAAAACUGGCUAUGCAGUGAUAUUUCUACAUCGAGAAGAGUCUCUGAAGCCAUUUUCGCGAAACUUUCCUCAUAUUUUCGAGUCACUAAAGAUCGACGAUGACCGCGUGGUAUGCGACUUACCUCGUAUCAAAGAAGCUAUCGAACAUAGCAUUGAGUACAAAGAUCGCCUUCUGUACGUUCCAUUCACCACGUUGGAGUCUUACUACUUUUAUCUAGAAGAGAUAAGCCGACAGUUAUCACCACUGAAAGCGCGUGCGUUGUUGUACUUGGCGGCAGCUGUUUCGGACUUUUACAUAGAAGAAGAGAAGAUUCCGACGCACAAGAUACAGUCUGCUGGUGGUGGGUUGGAUCUACGUCUUAGUCUUGCACCAAAGGCUAUUGAAAAAAUCGUCAAUAGGAUAGUGCCGGAGGCUUUUAUCAUAUCCUUUAAGCUGGAAACCGAUGAUUCGAUAUUGAUAACAAAAGCACGAGGAGCGUUGGAAAAAUAUAAACAUCAGUUGGUGAUCGGUAAUAUUCUGCAAACAAGAAAAGUGCAUGUGGUCCUCGUAGACGCCCAUAGUACAGAGGAUAUCGACUUGAUGAAGAGCGGAAUUGAAAUUGAAGAAAAAAUCAUUGCAAAGAUCAAGGAACGUCACAACGAAUUCAUAAAGAGCCAACAACAAUGA